AGAACUCAGAAGAUGUCAAUGAAUAACUAUACAACACUCACCGAGUUCAUCCUACUAGGGCUGACAGAUGACCCACUGUUCCUGGUUUUAAUUUUCAUUUUUCUGUUUUUGACCUACAUGUUAAGCAUUAGUGGAAACAUAACUAUCAUUACUCUCACCUUGCUGGAUUCUCGCCUUAAAACUCCAAUGUAUUUCUUCCUGAGGAAUUUCUCAUUCCUAGAAAUCUUAUUCACAACUGUAUGUAUUCCAAGAUUUUUGGUCAGCAUCAUAACCAAGGAUAAAACCAUUUCUUAUGUGGGCUGCUUGAUUCAAUUGUUUUUUUUCAUCUUCUUGGGGGUGACUGAAUUUUAUCUUCUGGCUGCCAUGUCCUAUGAUCGCUAUGUUGCCAUUUGCAAACCUCUGCACUACACAACCAUCAUGAGCAACCGAGUUUGUUAUCAGCUUGUACUCAGUUCUUGGAUAACCAGCUUUCUUAUUAUCUUUCCACCACUGAUCAUGGGACUUAAACUAGAAUUCUGUGCUUCCAAUGUCAUUGAUCAUUUCAUCUGUGACUCUUCUCCCAUCCUGCAAAUCUCUUGCUCAGACACACAUUUUUUAGAGCUAAUGUCUUUUACCCUAGCUGUGGUAACAUUAAUGGUCACAUUGGUCCUAGUGAUUCUCUCCUAUACAUACAUCAUUAGGACAAUUCUGAAAUUCCCCUCUGCUCAGCAGAGAACAAAGGCUUUUUCCACCUGUUCUUCUCACAUGAUUGUUGUCUCAAUUUCUUAUGGAAGCUGCAUCUUCAUGUACAUCAAGCCCUCUGCAAAUGAAAGGGUGGCAUUAAGCAAAGGAAUAGCUGUGCUCAAUACCUCAGUUGCCCCUUUGCUGAAUCCCUUCAUUUAUACCCUAAGAAACCAGCAAGUGAAACAAGCCUUCAAAGAUAUGAUCCAAAAGAUUAUGUUUGCUAUCAAAAAUUAUAAGGGUAUAUGUUGA